AUGUCCACCACGGGGGAUGGAGAUCCGGCCCCUGGCAGGGAGGAAGGCCCAGCAGGUGCGGCAGGGGCACAGGCCGGAGCCCGCGAAGGUUCGGACGACAACUCCAGGCCUCGCAGGGGUGACGCCAUGCCUGAGGCCCAGGGGGGUGGUGUCGUGGGGGCCUCAGGAGGCCUGAGGGAGGCGGCCAUGGAGGGCCGGAGCCCCGAGGAGGACUCAGACAUCGGGCCGGCAGAGGAGGGGGAAGAGGAAGAAGAGGAGGGCGGCGUGGACCGCAUGGUGGACGCACGCCACUUCCCCAUGUCCGACUUCCGCAUAACGUUCGUGCACCUGAUACACUCAGUGCUCAACCGUUUGUACUACCACAACCACAUCCUCAUCCGAACCCCUGACGGCCAAGUGCCGGUCCGGCGCCAGACCCGGCCCCGCUUGUCUCAUCACAGCUUGGCCGCCAUGGCCGGGUUCCCCGAGGUCCAGGUGCCGUCGGAUGGCGCGUGGGUUGGACCGGGGGCAGGGCCGGCGGAGGAAGCCGAGGAGGCCUCUUUAUGGGAGAUGGCCCCCGAGGAGUCUGAGGAAUCCAGCUUGUGGGAAAUGCCGCAGGAGCCAGCCGCGCCUGCGGGGCCGGCGGAGGAAGCCGAGGAGGCCUCUUUAUGGGAGAUGGCCCCCGAGGAGUCUGAGGAAUCCAGCUUGUGGGAAAUGCCGCAGGAGCCAGCCGCGCCUGCGGAAACUGAAUGCCAGAAUGAGAACUCCAAAGCAGCAGCCCAGGGCACCGAAAGUGAGGUGAAAGAAAAGGAGUAUAACAAAAAACAAGAAGAACCAGAAAAGGAUCUGGACCCAGCAAAGGACAGGCCCAGAAAGUCCAGGUAUUGGUGUAUAGCUUUAAAAAUAACCCAGCUAUUCCCAGGCAUUUACCAGUUUUGUUUUUGCUUUUUAAUUCUCAGAGUAAAUUAA